AUGGGUCUGAUUCGGCUCAAGCCCAAAUACAUCCAUUGCAUCUCACGUCGAUUUAUACGUGCUUUCUUAAGAGAUGGAAGCGCAAAGAAAUGUUGGGUUACGAAAAUCAAAGAAAGAAAGAAAGAAACUACCUAUGCACAUCAUAUCCCUCCCUCCAAACUCUGCUCCAAACCAACACCUUAG